CGAACCUCUUGAAUAGAUCAUUGUAGGUCAGAUUUUGUUCUACUGUUCGACGGUUUGUGAAUUAAAAUCCUAUCACCUGGUGCAUUUUGUGGGAAAAAAGUGCCGAAAUUUCUGUUAACGAGUAUGUAUUGAACGGAACAAAUACGAUUGAAUGUAUUGACCGAUAAUUCAUCUAUCGAGUGAACAUUUUACAAUUCGAUAUUCGACGUGUAUGUGCUCGUCCUAUUCUAGAGCAGACGAUUAACAAACGAUUUUUAUCCCAAUUGUGUGCGGUCUCGAAUUCAAUCGCCGUAGCUUAGUCCUUACUCGUGGGAAUCUCUAAUCUUUCGGGCUCGUUAAAUUGAACUGGAUAUGAAUUGUGGAUUACAUUAAGAAAGUGAUAAAGAUUACUGGGAUAUAUUGAGGUUUGCAUCGCGUCUUCGACGGAUUCAAGAAACGCGGAAAGGAAGUAAAAACCAAAAACAAUUACCAGACAUCAUAACUGCUUACAAAGACUUCCAUCAAUCUAAAGUUGGAGCACACCCACUGGGGGAAGUAGAGAUUCCACUCAAGGGAUCCGCAAGCCGGCACACUGUCUUUCGCAAGCUUCAAGAGUAGUUUCACCAGCAAUGUUAAUUUCCUGAAACGACGUGAUUUUUUACCUGGUAGAUUCAGCUCGGGAGAUUUAUCUUCCGAGUGUGAUGACGUCGAUCCAAAAGAUUUACCGCCAGCAGCUAGACCACAGCCUCCACUUCAGCAGCAGCCGAUGCCGGGUGGACCACCGAGCAUUCCACCCCCACCCGCACCGGGUUCCGCGGUAUCACCCGGUUCGGUGCCCUCCUCUGCUCCCCCCACUGGAGGCCCAGAACUGUCGUUGAGCUUUGGCAAAGGACCUCAGCGAGGAACAAGUGCUCCAUCCAGUCCAGCUAAGUCGAGAGAAAGUUUGUUGCAACGCGUUCAGAGCUUAACUGGAGCCGCUCGUGAUCAGGGUGCUUCCAUCUUAGGAGCAGCAGUAUCAAGCGCGGCUCGUGUGCAGCCCUUUAACAAGGAUAAAUGCUUCACGCUGUUAGUGCUCGACGACCAAAAUACCGACUGGUCGAAGUAUUUCCGUGGUAAGCGCAUCCAUGGUGACCACGAUAUAAGGGUUGAACAGGCGGAAUUCAAGGAAAUCUCUUUGACGGCCAACGCCGAAGUUGGCCCAUUGGCAUCGUUCAAUAGAGGGGGCUCUAAGCAACCCAAAUCCUUCAGACCGGAUUUCAUUCUUGUACGCCAAGCACCACGGGAUGGUGCUAGGGAUCACAGAUCCACCUUGCUGGGAUUAAAAUACGGUGGAGUACCGAGCAUUAAUUCACUGCAUUCGUUGUACCAGUUCCAGGAUAAACCAUGGGUAUUCGCCCACCUCCUGCAACUUCAACGUCGUCUUGGCAAGGAAGCGUUCCCACUUGUUGAACAGACAUUCUUCCCUAGCCCUCAUGAUAUGCUCACGUGGCAACGCUUCCCAUGUGUAUUGAAGGCCGGCCAUUGCCACGGCGGGAAGGCGACUGCCAGAUUGGAUAAUGCCAGUGCAUUGCAGGAUGCUGCUGGGCUUUUGUGUGGUGCCGGACUUUCUGAUAACAACUCUUAUUGUAGUCUGGAACCCUAUAUCGAAUCUAAAUUCGACGUCCAUAUCCAAAAAAUUGGACCCCACUACAAAGCGUUCAUGAGAAAAUCAAUUUCAGGUAAUUGGAAAACGAACCAGGGAUCAGCUAUGCUGGAGCAGCUACCAAUGACGGAAAAAUAUAAAUCUUGGAUUGAUGAGGUCUCGGAACUUUUCGGAGGCAUGGAAAUAUGUGGCAUAGCAGUGAUCGUUUCGAAGGAAGGCAAAGAGUUUAUAAUAAGUGCGUCAGAUUCAACCUUUCCGCUGAUGGGUGACACUCAGGAGGAAGAUCGUAGACAAAUUGCUGAUCUAGUAGUAGGACGCAUGCAGAACGUCUGUCGUCCCUCAAUGCUGACAAAAACUACAUCAAGGACAUCUAUUGCGUCUCGCGGGGGUAGUCCAACCGAGGAGAUUGCGCCAGCACCGAUAGGUUCUCGACCAGUUCCAGUUGGAGGAGGCCCACCCCCUAUUCCCGAAAGAUCAACCCCUGCUGUGGGAUCAAUCGGACGCCAUGGCAGUGUCAGCAGCCAAUCUGGGGAACUACCUGAACAAGUGCCAGAAAAAGCACCCAUAAUGAACACAUUGACUCGGCGCGAUUCACAAGCCUCUCAAUCUAGUUCUGUUUCGGGAGUUUCGGCUGUGUCAGCUGCUCGCUCAAAUGCUAGUAAACCUGGUGUGGCUGGUCAAACCACGGCGGUUGAUGAAGCCGAGGAUACCAUGAAAAAUCUUCGUAAAACGUUUGCUGGUAUAUUCGGUGACAUGUAGGAUUUAGCAAAAAAGAAGAAACCGCAACGAAGAAGCGAAAGCACGACCGACAGUGUCACCGGGAGUGUAUUAAGUACACGUGAAAGCUCUAUAGAUAGCGUAAUUUCACGUCCCAUUAAUACAGGUGCACCAAAUGAAGAUAAGUCGUUGUGCAACGGAACUGCUGGCCUAGCUACAAGUCCUAGCUACGAUCUACAGAAAAACACAACGCGUGGUAUUAGUGUAAAUAAAGGCAGCAAUUAUAUAGUAGACGCAGUUUCUUCUUUUGAUAACAAUGCUUCAUCGAAUAAGAUUGUCUCUACAGCAGGGACAUACAUACCUGAAAAAUCGAGUACAGAACAAACGAAACGGGUGACAUAUGAUCCCGCAAUUAAUGAGCGGAUCAAUCCAUUUGAUAAGGAUAAAAUAGCGGCUAGCCGUGCAGCGAAUGCAACCGUAACUAACUCUUCAACUACAGCAGAUAAUGGGAGCUCUGGUGAAUCCAAUAGCUACACCGCUUCAACAGUGUUUUCUUCGUCAUCUAUUCAAGCACCAGCAGCAUCAACUUCCUCUUAUUCCACUUCUAUCAUAGCUAAUAGUGAUAAAGAAGAUCAUAACGGGGAAGAUCGUUACAACAAACAGCAAGGUAUCAGGGAUCAAUCACAAACUGGACGCUUUGGAAUGCACACAGGUGCUACAACAAACUCCACGGUUGCGUCAAUUACUUCUAUAUCCUCUAGUGAAAACAAGAAACAAGAGUUUGGUCGCACAAAACGGUCCUCGUCCGAUGCGGAAUUAAUUUUUGGUGAUAAAGGGCCAGACUUCUAUAACUCACGCUAUAAUACAGCUGUCGCUGGUCGGGAUUCAGGGAAAAGUAGUGAUGCGAUAACAGAUGCCGAGCUUAUCUUCGGCACGAGCGCCGUCAGCGGUCCACCUCCAGCUUCCUCGAAUGGGGGUGGGAAUGCGGUGUCAGGAGCAUUCAAAUAUCCUUCAUACGGAAGUCGAGAUAGCAGCAGCUUCAACAGUAGCAUCUCCGAUUCCGAUUACAUCUAUGGAAAGAAAGAAGAACGAAAUACUUUCAGUAAGAGUUUAUCGAUCUCUUCCGAAAAAGCCGAUAGUAACAUAACCGGUAAAUUUCGAACCUCUCCCAAACCCAACGAGCCCCUGAAAAGUACUUCCUCAUUGAGUAAUUCCGAUGCCGGUAACUGGAAUAGUAAGUACACAGACGAUGACUUUGACCUCAAGUAAAAUGCGAGCCACAAGCCAGGUUACGUUAACUUCUAAGAACGACUGUUAGACACAGAUUUUUUUUUGUUAAAUUAUAUGACACGUACGCUAUGAAAUUUAUUGUAACUGAGAUAUGUAUUCAAAACUAAUAAAACCUAUGAUUUACAAUGUUUAUAAGUUGGGUUCACUCGACGUUAGGUAUAGUCGUCAGCUAGUCGUAAAUUUAACAAAGAAUACAUGGUCUUUACGAGUUCAAACUGCUAAACACUAUAGAUUGUAAACAAUACUAUCCAUGCAAACGACAAAAUUAGCCUCUGAUGUUUCCUGGUUUCAUAGUUAUAUUCAAAACGAUACUCAAAGUACGUUGGAUAAAGAAAAAAAAAUCCAGGGCCCGUCACGAUGGCGAUAAUUUUAAUCAAGAAGAGAUGCAGUCACUGUUCUAGUUCAAUUGGAAUUCAAAUAACUAAAUCAAGCUAACCAAUAAAACUAUCGAUCUGUUAAUGAAAACAUCUAUAUGAUUAAAUGCAGUAUCAACGAAGCGAAUGAUCAUCAAUGGAACAAAUGUUUUGUUCAAAUAUUCUUACAGAUUUUGAUUUGGGUACAAACCAUUUUUUAUUAAGUUCUGUAAACAGUUUGUAUUAAUUAUAUGAUCAGUGAAAGAAACACGUUUUUCUUGACGAAUUCUCAGAAAAGAGUUAAAUAUUUAAAAACUCAAAACAUGUAAUACAAAUGCACAAUAGUUAUUAAACUUAAAGUGGAACAGUAUUGAAGACUUCGUUGAAUGUUCGGAUGCAGUUUUGUCAUUCAUAUCACAACGUUAUAUAUCGAAUAACAAACCGAAAACAAGCUUGGUGCGAUAUUGCCUAUCUAAAACCCAAUACUCGGAUCGACGAGGUCAAUUUCCGUCGCAAAAAAAAGUUAUUCGUAAUGUUUGUUGAUUUCAAGGAUAUUGAAGCUAACUGCAAUUUCGUGUAGAAUUAUCCUUCCAUGAAAAGUAUUGUUUGAAUGCGUUAAAUACACACAACCAAAAAAACUGCAUAUUUAUGGUGUUCAUAUGACAUUGUAAAAAUGAAAGUUAUGAUACACAUAUUACGUAAAAUUAUGGAAUAAAUAUUAUAGCACAAAAUGCAAUGAAGUAUUAUAUCCAGAGACGCCAUAAUUUAAUCACUUUGAGUGUCAGUUAUUUGAUUGCUUUCGGGAAGGAUGACGAAAACAAUUCUUUCGAAUCUUCUGGCAAAACUAUGACUGAUUAGUAUAGGGUAGAAGCAAAGUGGUCGGACUAACAAGGAUGAGCAUGAAGGAAUUACAUAUGUCAAUACCAUGCGCAAACCUAGCUGCUAAUGGGAGUUUACUCAACGAGAAAAAUUGUAUUGGCAUCCACCUCACCAGUGAAGCUAGCUAAUUGCACGAACUAGUCCAGAGAUAUUAUCAUUGAUAUGAAAAAUGUGAAGAGAAGAAAUUAAUCAGGAAAAUGAUUCCACAGCUAGACAGAAUGUAGAAGAAUCAAGUUAUAUCGUACUAAAUAAGUAUUAUAGUUGCAUACAUUACCAUCGUUGAAACAUGAAAUACUUCAUAAGUUCCUCACAACAUGGCAACCGCUCCAUCAAACAUGUUACUUUAACGUUAAGGCUUUUUCUGCAAACCUGCAUGUUUCUUAUCAUUUUACGGUAAUUAAAUAGCAGUUGAUUAACUUACUUAUACUUAUUGAUCCGCGUCUGCCUGUGAGGCAGAACAAAGGGACGAUGUCAGAAGCCUCCACUGUCUACGGUCAUCUGCCAUGGCUUUCACUUUUCGCCAAGUAAGAUUGGCAUCAACAGUUUGGAUGUCAUUGGUAAGGCUACGUCGCCACGAGCCUCUGGGUCUGCCUCUUCUACGCUGUCCUUGUGGGAUCCAGUCGAUGGCCUCUCUGCAGAUCUCUUUUACUCCUCUCUUCAAGGUGAGUCCGAUCCACUUUCACUUACGUUCGCGAAUUUCUGUAGCUAUCGGGCGCUGAUGAAAUCGACGAUGGAGUUCCACAUUGGAUAUCCAGUUGUAAGGCCACCAUACUCGAAUUAUGUAUCGCAGGCAACGAUUAACGAUAACCUGGAGUUUUUGCAUUGUCUCCGCCGAGACGCGCCACGUUUCGCAGGCGUACAGCAGUACGGAUUUAACGUUUGAAUUAAAGAUUCGGGUUUUUGUAUGUAGGGUGAUCUGGUUUGAGCGCCAGAUAUUUCCUAGACCUACAAAGGCAGCCGUGGCCGUUCUGAUCCGUGUAGCUAUAUCGGUCUUGGUACCACCAUCCGGCGUUGUUUGGCCCCCAAUAUUGGAACGUUUUGUUCAAUUUUUUGUCCCGCUACUGUGAAGCUAGAGGUAUUGUCAGUGUUCACUACCAUGAAUUUAGUUUUGGCGACAUUUACUGCGAGACCUGCUGCUUGGGAGCUCUCCGAGAGGUCGUCUAGCUUGCUCUGCAUAUCACAUCGACGUUGGGAGAGCAAAACAAUGUCGUCGUUCAGGUCGUUUAUGUGUUCCAUUCUUAAAAGAUUCCAAAACAAUCCUCUGUUUGGUCUCCUGUCAAUAGCUCCAACUAGUAUCUCGUCCUUGACGAUAGGGAACAGUAGCGGUGAUAAUAUGCAGUCCUGUCUCACACCGGCAGUAACCCGUAUUGGGUCGGACAAGACACCAUUGUGCAAUACCUUGCACGAAAAAAAGAAACUGAGCCUUUAUAAGAUGGACUAGCUUCGCUGGGACUCCUCUACGCCUGAGUGCGCCCCAGAUGUUUUCGUGGUUGAGUCGGUCGAACAUCUUUUCAAAAUCAACGAACACCAGCAGGAGAAUCCUGGAAUUCGUUGAUCUGCUCCAGAAUAAUACGGAGCGUUGCGAUGCCGGCACGGAAUCCGGCUUGCUGCAACCGGAGAGUAGCGUCGAUUUUCUUCUGAAUCCGGUUAAGAAUUACCUUGCAGAGUACUUUGAAAGUAACACAUAGCAGCGUGAUGCCGCGCCAGUUCCCGCAUUCUCCUUUCUCAGAGACUUUAACCAAAAUGCCCUGCAUCCAGUCCACCGGUUGCGGUUUCCCAUAUAUUGCUAAAUAGCUGAUGCAUCAUCUGGGCUGACAAGGCUGGGUCGGCAUUGAGCAUCUAGGCUGAAAUAUAGUCCAUUCCUGGCGCUCUACUGGACUUCAUAAUCUUGAUUGCCACUUCAAUUUCAGACAGCGAUGGCGCAUCGGAGUUUACGCGAUUAAUGCGACGAACUAUGGGUGCUAAGCGCUGCUGGUUUUCUUGGUUACCGGCAUUUAAGACUCGAAAGAGUUGCUCAAAGUGUUCAGUCCAUCAUUUUAGCUGGUCUGUACAGUCUGCCAGUAACUGACCAGUUCUGUCUUUUAGUGGCAUCUUCGUAUUCAUCCUAACCCCACUAAGGCGGCGAGAAAUGUCGUACAACAGGCGGAUAUCACCAUUGGCGGCGGCGGUUUCCCCCUCUUCGGCUAGGGAGUUGGUCCAGGCUCUCUGGCCCCGUCUACAAGCCCUCUUAACAGCCUUCUCCAGUUUGGUGUAUCGUUGACGAGCAUCUGUCUUAACCGCUCUGGUUCGCGCUCGCCCAAUGCCGGCUUUCGCCUCUCUUCGCUCGUCGAUCAUCCUCCAGGUUUCAUCUGAAAACCACUCCCUACGCGUGCUGCGUACUUUGCCGAGGGUUUCAUCACUGGUUGUGAUAAAGGCAUUCUUGAUGCUACUCCAUAGCUCUUCAACAGACCCACUAGCUGGCAACUCCGAAGCUCGUGAUACAAGUUGUUCGACAAAUACCCUUUUCACCUCAGGGUUCUCCAACCGCCUUUGAACGCGAGCGACACGCAGGCGUAUCUCAGCGAUGACCAGGUGAUGAUCUGAUGCAAUAUCGGAGCUGCGCUUGUUGCGUACAUCAAGAAGACUCCUUCUCAAUUUUCGGCUGAUGCAGAUGUGGUCGAUUUGGUUUUCUGUUCGGCCGUCGCGGGAAAACCCACGUGACCUUAUGUGCUGGUCGGAGGGGGAAGAGCGAUCCACCAAUCACCAUGUUGUUAUUACCACAGAAUUCUGUCCCAUGGCGCGUUCAAAGACGACCGUAUUGUUUGAGCCAAUCUUUGCAUUGACGUCGCCUGAGCAAAUUUGGAUGUCCCCCUUUGGGACUUUCUCAACCACACUGUGCAGCUAACUGUAGAAACUCUCUUUCUCCUGCAGGUCGGCAGCAUCUGUUGACGCAUAGCACUGGAUUGCUGUAAGGUUCCUAGCCCGUGUUCUGAAUCUGGCAACGAUUAUUCUUUCGUUAAUCGGUUCCCACCACAUCAGGGCCACGUGGGCCCCUGGGCUCAGUAGAAAUUGAACUCCUCGUUCCCGGGGAGCAUUUUCACCUCGUAUGCCAGAGUAAAGCAGGACUCACCUCGAUGAUGUCUUGUGUUCACCAGUGUUUGGCCAGCGGAUUUCGCUCAGCCCCUUCGUAUGCCCUCAAGUUUCAGGCGGCUAGCUUCCCUUGCAAGUUGAGCCAGUUUGCCCUGCUGGGCGCAAGAGUCCACGUUCUGAUUCGUGUCCGUGUUCUCAUGCUAAAGGUCAUUGCUAAUAAUCCAGAUCGAUUUCUUCUUUCGUUUCCUGUAACAGUAUAAAUUUUCGGGAACAGUAAGUUGUUUGCCUAAGGUUCCUAUCCAGCUGAUAAGGCUGCCAUUUUAGGUGCAGCGGGCGGAAGCCGCCUUUAGUAUUCAGCCGCUUGCUUCGAGACAGACACAGUUUGAGCCGACCCUAACCUGGGAGCAAACGUUUUAGUAAGCUGCACCCUCUGAAGAGAAGAGAGUCCCCCCUUCCCUGUCAGCAUACGACCAAGAUCCCACCGGGGUUGGUUACCAGAUAUUCACUGUGGUUACUCGUACCCCAGGCGGCACCACGGGGAGAUAGGGAUAGGAGUUAUUGGAUAAGAGGCUGAGGACCACUAUUGGGGUCUAUUUUAUACCUGCAGGUACGCGAAGUACCGAUGGUACGCAUCAUCCAGUUGAUUAACUUGGAUUUCGUUAUUUGUAAGAAUUUCUAUUAAUGUUCAUUUUUUUUAACACUACAAUCUUCCAAAAAUUCUUCAUUUUGUUCCCACGAUUCCCUCAAUUGUAAUAGUAAAAUCUCAAAUUUUAAAAUCAAUCAACUUGCAGAUGUUUACAAAGCGAUCAAGCUAAUGUUGUCCCUCCCACAAAUCAUCAUAACAUAUAAUCACGCUAUUAACAUCAAUUGAAACUCAAUUAAAUGCAAAAUAUCGUAUGACGACAAUAUUAGUAACACGGUUCAUCUUAAAAUAGUAAUAUUCAGAGAGACAAGUUGUUGGCAAUUUUUGAAACUCCUGUUUAUCCCAAAAUUCUCGUUAAAGCAUACUAUCAUUAUGGCUAGCAAUAUAAUCAACCAAUAUAUGAGAUAAUACUCGUUCUAAACCGUCUAUUAUGUAAAUCAAAUCCAAACUGUUAUGAAAUUAUGAGAUCAAAGCUGUUAUCGGUUUGCUACAAUUUAAAAUUGUGUUAACACAGUUGGAAGCUUCGGUGUGAGAUGGUCGUAAGCACGAUUUUGAAUAUACCUGAUAAACAUCGAUGUCGAUGAUCAUUUAAACCUCUUUGAGUUGAAAUACUUUAGUGUAAUAAUAACCACCGAGAAAGAAAACAAACAACCCAAUGAUAUUGAAACCUGGACAUCGCGGUGAGAGCGACAACGAAACAAUGCAACCUUAUACACACUGAUUCAACUGGAUUCAACAAUCGAACAACUGAGAGUAAGCGAUCUUACUACAAUAGAAAACCGUACAACGGUAGUAGCAUCACCACCAGACAUCCAAAUCAAUGCUAAUAAUCUAAUAUUGUUAUAGGUGUAUACAUAAAAAAAGAUUAUUGAACAACAAUAAGUCACGGAAUAUGUUAAUGAAAAAUAAUUCAUGUGUGUGUACAAUUUAUUAAUAUCAAAUAAAGGGCAAUGCAAAAUAAAAUUAAGAGAUCGGUUUACCCAUACAUGACGCAAAAUACAUUAAAUGCAAUCUGCUGAAAGAUAUGUAACUACGAUAUACAAUAAUAAAACGAGUUGAAGAAUACCAGAACAAA